AUGGGAAAGUAUAAAUGCCCUUACGAAGAGUGCGGCCUUGAAUACAGUAAGAAUUCUAAUUUACACAGACAUAUAAAUACAUUUCAUCUGAAAAUCAGAUUUUCGUGCACAAAGUGCGGGAAAGAAGUGACUUCUGCUCAGAGUCUCAAAGACCAUGGAUACUUCCAUUCUCGUGCUAAGCCGUAUAUGUGCAAAAUCUGUCGAAAAAGAUUCCGUCAAAUAAGCCAGCUGUCAGUGCAUCGAAGGAAAUACCAUUCUGAUGCCAAAUCAAAAAAUAAACCCGAGUUUGUCGAGCUUAAGGUAAAUUUUAUGAAAAUUAACCUUUUUGUGGAAAAAAUUGCAAAAACAUAUGAAAUCCCUUCCGGACCUUUUACACUCAAAGACGCAAGACUACCUCCAAUUUCAAAUAAAUAA